GUUAUCAGUAUUCACAGUGCACAUAACUUGCUCAACUAUAUAUACGGAACAAACCCGAGGGGUAUAGCAGUAAAAUCUGGGUUUAUAAUCGAAGCGAGAACCAUACAUGUAGCCGAGCUGGUCAAAUUAAGGAGCGAAUUAAUUCAACAUAGGUUUAUAAAGCGUAUCGAGUCGGACUUGACUAGCACGCUACCAAGAUGUCUCACUUUUCAGAUGACCCAUGCCAGGGAUGUCUCCAAGACAAGGAACAAAAAACUUACCAUAUGGUGAUGAGAUUGUGCGAUGACUGCGCUCUGCAAAAAAAGCAUUUCAUCGAAAAGUUGGCACUGGAAAAGAAGGUGGUCUUCAGUUGCAGCAGACACCCUGCCUUGAAGGCUCUGGCAUUUUGCACGCGCCAUGAUGAAACGAUUUGUUUAGAGUGUCUCCCGGCACAUAUCGGUCCUUGUUGCAGUAUGAUGGACUUAAACGCGAAAGUGGUAGAUCGGAGAAGCCAGCUCAGUGGUCUGGUAGAACGGUGCAAGAUAAAAGCCGAUGAAUUCAAACAAUUUAAUAUCCACGUCGACACGAGAACACAUCAAAUCGAUACUCACUUUGCUGAAAUCGAAGACGAAAUCCGCCAGAAAACUUCUCAAGAGAAACGAGAAGUGGAAGAGAAUCGAGACCUCAGGGCUGAGUGUAUCAAUAAAAAUGCUGAAGAAAAACUUGAGAGAAUCAGACAAGAGCGAUACGAGGACCUGACGAGAAAUCAGCGGGAAGCAGAGAAAAGAUUAGACGCAAUUAAGAAGAAACAAAAAGGACUGCUCGAGAGGGUUGAUCAAAUUAAAGCCAUGUUUACCAAGAAGAUUUCAAAGAUGAAGUCGUAUCUUCAGCAAACUUUGGAGACCGUGGAGAAGGCAGAGUCCUACGACGACGAUGAAAUGCUUCAACCAGAUUUUCAAAAGACCGUAGUGUCUUUGACUAGUGUCCUCAAUAAACAAGUCGAUGCCAGCGACGUUGACAAGCUAGUAGAAGCUGCAGAGUCAGUCGAGGGGUUUGAUGGUGACAAACGAAUUGAUGUUCCUUUGGAGAGGUGGGAUGAACAAGAUGGACUGACUUGGAAGACAGGACUGGGUAAAGGAUCCUACAUGAUGGGUGCCAUCAACAUGGAUGAAGUCUUGCUAAAGAUGAUGGAUGGUGGCUCGGUCCAUGCCAUGAACGUUUACAGUGGUGAUACCAGGGUGGUGGUCUCUGGAAAGACACCAUAUGAUAUUUACAGUUGUGCUGCUCUUCAAGACGGUAGGAUCGUUUGUGGGACACGCUUUGGCGAGAUUGUCGUGUAUGAUCGUGACUGGAAACCGCUGAGAGUGAUGCAUCUUGAUUAUUCAGGCAAGUCCGUCAAGUUAAGGCCUGUCUCGAUCUGCAUUGAUAGAGCUGGUUUGAUCCUAGCUUCGAAUGGCGAAUCCACUGUUCAUGUAUUCAAUCCAGACGAAGGAGACUUUGUCAGGUCGAUCGACACCAAUGUCAGGUCUAUCUGCGAAAUUCAUCUUCUGUCAUCCGAUGACAUCGCGCUCCGCAUCAGGUCAUUAGAUGAAGAGUGUACUGAUGUUCGCAUCUUGGACAACAUGGGAUGCCUUCGAUCCACUCAUCAUCUUCACAACAAGAACCUGAUUGACAUGGCUGCGGACAUGUCACGUGGCCAUAUAUUUAUGAUGCUCCUUGAUCACGAUGACGACUGCGAAGAAUUCGACAUGGCAGUCCUUUCAUCAAGCGGUGUGGCAGACAUUGACGUCGAGUUACCUUUCGACUCUAGGACACUUGCCGAAAUGUGUUUCAUGCCUGAGAAGAGCGACCUGGUUGUGCACUACGAGGAAACAACUGGAAUAUUUAGGAAAACCGAUCGGGGUCUCGAAGAAAUAAUCAGUAACAUUGAUUAAACCACAAACUACAAUAUAAUCAUGGUAACAGGUCACGAUUUAUUUUUACACUCGUGCCAUUUCAUGUGUCUUGACGCUGGAGGUACGGUACUGUGCUCUUUUCUGUCAGAUCGACAGUCCUUGACCAUGUACACCGGGAUGAUGAGAUAAAUUAGGGCGAGAAAACAAGAAUAGACCAGAUACCUGUCUCGAUAGUUUGACUUAAUUUUGAUAAGAAGACAAGAUCGUGUAUAUUUUGAAGUUGACCAUAACAUGGCAGGAAGAAGACAAGAAUUUGAAUCAUUGGGUUCCAACCAAGUCAACUUGAUGACGACUAGAAGACAAGGAGAAAGGGUGAUCCUGUAUCCCGCAAAGUCGAAUCGAUGUGGACAAUAAAUUAAAUUCAUGCCGGUCACGUCGUGUCCGUCAGGACAAAUUCCAGGGGAGUGUUUCAUCAACAUUAUCGUCCGACAAGUUGUCAGGUCUGACAACUUUCCUUGAUUUUGAUUGGCUGACAAGCACUGUUACUAUGGUAACUGUUGUGUAAAACAGGACAUGUCGGAUAAAACGUCCGACAAGUGCUUUCAUGAAACGCUCCCCAGAAAUUUCAUUACCCCGAUUUGUCACAACAAAAUGAAGAACAAAAAAAUUCCCGGAUGUCUGAUCUGAGCGAUUAUUCGCACCGCGUCGCAGAACGAAUUCUAGAACACAGUAAAUGUAUUGAAAAUGACCUUCUAAAGCCGACGGACAGUUGGGAGGUCUUUGUCGAAAUUCGGUGAACCGGAACAGCAGUUCGUCCAAAGUUUCGGAGCUGACGAAAAAAUACAAAUAUGUCAUUUGUCCAGAGUCCAGGACGAAACUGCUGUUUGAUUCUCCAAUUUUCAACAAAGACUUUUUGGUUGCUCAUUGUCAUGAAGGGCAUUUAGCAACACAUUAUUUUUCUGUGUUGUUGGAAGCGUUCUGCAUCGCAGUUUCGAUAAUCCCCAAUGUCUUCACCCACGUGACCCAAGUCGAAAAAAAAAUCUUAGAUCUUGUAUUAUUGUGUUAUUUGUCUUCUGGUUUUGACUUGAUCAACUUGACAAGGUCCUCAUCUCACUGCGCAUUUAAGUUUUAGUAAGUGUUUUCAACUUCAAGCUCUAAAGAUGGGCGGGGUGGCAUAGGUUCAUAACAAUAUAGCCACAUUCUCAUAACUUCGAGCGCAAAAUUCAACAGAUCAUUAGACAAAACGAUAAGAAUUAAACAUAAUUAUCUUUGUACCCCACUUUUCUUUCCUUCCAUUCGCUUUUUUGUUCUCUGUCACUGUGACAAUCAUCAUUGUGACAAUAUUGAUAUGUGUUUGGUUUGAUCGAGGGUUAUUUAUCAAAUUUCGUGUACUACUUUCUCUUUCAUUAUUAUACAUGCAUGUCUUGUUAAUUUUAUAAAUAUGAUCACGGUAAUUAUAAUGUGUAUAACAUUCCUUUGUAUUACAGAUAUCUUAUUUCUUGAUUAGUUUGAAUUUAUUGGUAAUCAUUGCAAUCAUUUAGAGGUGAAAGAUGAAUUAUCAUCAUCAUCAUUACCAUCAUCAUUAUCAUCAUUAUCAUCAUCAUCAUCACCAUCAUCAUUAUCAUCACCAUCAUCAUUAUCAUCAUCAUCUUCUUCAUCAUCAUCAUCAUCAUCACCAUCAUCUUCAUCAUCAUCAUCAUCACCAUCAUCUUCAUCAUCAUCACCCCCCUCACCAUCAUCGAUUUUAAAGCAAGUCCCCACCAGUUGGUAAUUCAAAACAUCAAAUUUUAAUCUGACGUGAUUGUGAAUAACGUUAUCUAAAACAAUAUGCAAUACUUAUAUCCCGUUAUAAACGUUCCGUGUGGGUUUGUCCAAGUUGAUUAUCAUCAUUAUUAUCAGUAGUAUUAUAUCAUUUUGUUCAUGAUUCAUAAUCAUAUUUUGUCAAUUCGAUAUGAUAUUUUGUUCAUAUAUUUUGGUGGUGUUGGAUUUUCAUAAAACUUUUCUUAUAUUUUCUCUGGC